AUGGCUGACAAGAUCCGGCGCCGCUGCCUAGAAAAGGCACCCCCUACACACGAGCAGCAAUUACUCUUCUUCAAUGAAGAGCUACAAGCAGAGUGCGAGCGUUGUGCCCGCAUGGUCGCCAAACUCCGGGCAGAAGUCGACCGUCUCAUGGCGGUUCUUGCCGAGAUCGACGGCAUCUUGGCCUCUCGUUCAGGAAAGAAGAAUGAGGAUGAUGAGAUGAGAGACCUCCCUGCCUCGGCUACGGCCGUUCCUGCGCCUGCCCUGGCCUCUUCAGGGCAGUCAAAGGUCCUUCCCCACCGCCCCGGCUCUGUCGACCUCCAGAGCCCAUCUGGGUCGACUUAA